AGGCGGAAGUAAGACAAUCAACAACCGAACACGGAACUGCGGUGGACGGUUUUGUUAGUGUCUAGAAGGACUUUUUGGAUUUCCCAUAAUAUAGAACAAAAUGUCGGUAUUCGGCAAAUUGUUUGGCGGUGGGGGGAAAGGCGGCAAAGGACCAAGCCCACAAGAAGCGAUCCAGAAACUCCGCGAGACAGAGGAGAUGUUAAUGAAGAAACAAGAGUACUUGGAGCAAAAGAUUGAAGCGGAACUAGUAACAGCAAAGAAAAACGGCACUAAAAACAAACGAGCUGCUUUACAGGCCCUGAAAAGAAAGAAGCGAUAUGAGAAGCAACUUGCUCAGAUAGACGGUACUCUCUCCACCAUUGAGUUCCAGCGAGAAGCAUUAGAAAAUGCUAAUACAAACACAGAAGUGCUGAAAAACAUGGGCUUUGCAGCCAAGGCCAUCAAGACAGCCCAUGAAAAUAUGGAUAUAGACAAAGUGGAUGACCUCAUGCAAGACAUCACAGAACAGCAGGAGCUGGCACAGGAGAUUUCUGAUGCUAUUUCAAGGCCUGUCGGUUUUGGAGAAGAGUUUGAUGAGGAUGAGCUUAUAGCUGAAUUGGAGGAGUUGGAACAGGAGGAGAUGGAUAAUAAAAUGCUGGAAAUCAGUGGCACAGAGGAUAUCCCUCUGCCCAGUGUGCCUUCAAACAUAUUACCCAAAAAAACAGCCCAAAAAAAGAGAGAAGAGGACGAGGAUGAAAUGGAAGAUCUUAAGGCAUGGGCCAUGUAAACUUGCCCCAAUUCGACACUCUCAUUGCUCAUCAUGGUUGGCUUGUAUGGGCAAACCUGAGCACCUACAGAGGGAUAACACUACAAAACAACAAUUUUCUGAGUUUCCAUAGCUCUGGCAGUAUGGCUAAAAUGAGUCCAGAAAAACAAGAGUCGCAAAUGACAAUGGAUAUGAAGCAGGUUUUCAAAGUAAAUUGGAAAAUAAAAUCUGAUGACAUAAUGACAUGUGAGAAGACCCUUAAAUAUUUGGCCAUGAUUAUUUAGUUAAAGGAUUGAUGUCUCUAAUUUUCCCUCAUAUAAUAAGAAAGUUAAUUUGAAUUGUCUACUAUUCAGAAACUGGUAGUUUUGUUUUGUCAUAAGCAUAUUUGCUGAUACACAACUGAGAUUCACAUCAUUUACAUGCUCUUUUUCAACUGAGUGACCUUUCUCAUCUACUACAUUAAAUAGAUUUGGUACUUAUUGUUUCAUUGUGAGUUCAAUCUUUGAACUCAAUGUUUUCUGUUAAUUUAAUGUUAUUCAGCGCUUCCAAUUGCAUACACUUUUCCUUUUUUACUGUUUUUUUGACAUUGACAUUAUGGUUUAGUAAAAAAAAAAAACGUAAAAAAACUGACAACUUAUGUUUGCUAUUACUCCAUGGAAGCAAAAAAAAAAAAAACGCCCAUCAUAUAUUGUUUGGUGCUUGUUUCAAAUAUUUGCUGAAAAUGACCUAUUAAAUAAUGCUCCUUUCUGGCCAAAUACAUUAAUGUGCUGAGGGUUUUAUCUGACAGUAGAUAUUGUAAUUAUUGAAAUAUACAAAAUAAACUAUUUUACAUAUUUUUCCUUGUUUGGAAGCAUAUACUUUUUUUGACACUGUAUCUAUGCAGGUUGAGAUAUAAAUAGGAUAUGUGUACAUUUGUAUGUUUUAGAAUGUUCAGAUGGCUAUUAUUUGAGAGAUCAUUAAACUUUUGGAUUCCUAUGA